AGUCUCCACCACACCUCCCUAUCCACAUUCCUCACCUACGCCUCCGCCGCGAACCUUUCGCCAACAAGCACCGUCUACCGCGGCACCCACUACGAAUACACCGUCCAAGAAGCCCUCGACCGACUCGCUUUUUCCUUGACUCGCGUGGGCCGCGCUAGUGACCUUGGUAUCGACCUGCUAGGUUCAUGGGCACUGCCUUCGCAUCCAAAACCUUUGAACGUCUUGAUACAAUGUAAAGCCGAAGCGCCCAAACCGAGCAUGAUUAGGGAAUUGGAAGGCGCUGUUGUGGGUGCGCCUGUGCGGUAUAGAGGUGAGGGUACCAUAGCUAUUCUGGCUGCGGCAAAAGAGGCAACAAAAGGUGUCAGGGAUGCUGUGGGAAGAAGUGGUUUACCCAUGGCCUAUCUGAAUAUCACGACUGAGGGUAAAAUCAGACAAUUUGUCUGGAAUCACCCUGCUGUAGAAUGUGGUUUGGAGGGUGUAGGUGUUGCGCUGAGAUAUCUGGUUGAUGGUGACUCUGAGGUUACUUUGACUUGGAAGGGU